AUGCGCGACCGUCGUGUUGGAAAUCCAGCGUCGUGCCAUAUGAGUUUCUUGUCCCCCUUCCUACACGGAAGGCGAUGUCAACUUCAUGGUUAUCAACAGAAAAGUAGCAUUUUCUUCGUGUUCGUCGUUCGAUGCCGUCACUGCUGCCGCGUCGUCGUCGUCUGUAAUUUUUUGUCACCCAACUUGCGCUUCCUUGAACGACUGCGGACACUCGGUGUCAAGUAUCUUGACCAGUGGUCAUGCGUACGACAUCCGUUACCGCAGCUGGACGACGGAUUGGCACUGGCUUUUGACGUAGCUCUUUUCAGUGGCUAA